AUAAAGACCCCAUAACAUCUUGCCCAACCUAGCUGCUAACAUUUCAACUAGCUAGCAGUAUACAGGCAGAGAGAGAAACCCGCCAUGGAAGCUCUUCUCCAAGCUCUGCAACCUUUACCCUUCACUCUUUUCCUUAUUGUUCCUUUACUAUUCCUACUAGGUCUAAUCUCUCUCCUUCGUAGACGAUUGCGAUAUCCUCCAGGGCCUAAAGGCUUGCCAAUUAUAGGUAACCUGCUCAUGAUGGACCAGUUAACUCACCGGGGUUUAGCUAAACUAGCUAAAGAAUAUGGUGGCCUCUUCCAUCUUCGCAUGGGAAACAUUCACAUGUUUGCUGUUUCUUCUCCUGAGAUAGCUCGCCAAGUACUUCAAGUCCAAGAUAAUAUUUUCUCAAAUAGACCUGCCACCAUAGCCAUCAGUUAUCUCACAUAUGACCGUGCAGAUAUGGCCUUCGCCCACUACGGCCCUUUCUGGCGCCAGAUGCGCAAGCUCUGCGUCAUGAAACUUUUCAGCCGUAAACGGGCUGAGUCAUGGGAGUCUGUGAGGGAUGAGGUUGAUUAUAUGGUUAAAACCGUUGUGGCCAACAAAGGGAAGCCAGUGAAUGUUGGAGAGUUGAUUUUUACUCUAACCAUGAAUAUUAUUUAUAGGGCUGCUUUCGGUUCGAAGAACGAGGGACAGGACGAGUUCAUUCAGAUUUUGCAGGAGUUCUCCAAGCUUUUUGGUGCUUUCAACAUUGCUGAUUUCAUUCCUUGGCUUGGAUGGAUAGACCCACAAGGCCUCAAGCUCAACUCAAGACUUGCCAAGGCUCGUAAAUCACUUGACAGAUUCAUCGACUUGAUCAUCGACGAACACAUGCAUAAGAGUAAGCAGGGUAAUGUCUCUGAUGAUAACUCUGAUAUGGUGGAUGAUUUGCUAGCUUUCUACAGCGAUGAGCCUAAAGUAAACGAAUCAGACGAUCUUCAGAAUUCCUUCAAACUCACUCGAGACAACAUCAAAGCCAUUAUCAUGGACGUAAUGUUUGGUGGGACAGAGACAGUGGCAUCGGCGAUUGAGUGGGCCCUGACGGAGUUGAUGAGGGCUCCUGAAGAGUUGAAAAAGGUCCAGCAAGAGCUUGCCGAUGUGGUGGGUCUAGAGCGGCGCGUGGAGGAGAGUGAUUUCGACAAGCUGACAUACCUAAAAUGCACAGUCAAAGAAACUCUAAGACUUCACCCACCAAUCCCACUUCUCUUACAUGAGACGGCCGAGGAGGCAGAGGUCGCCGGGUAUUACAUUCCAGCGAAGUCUCGGGUCAUGAUCAAUGCAUGGGCUAUUGGAAGGGACAAGAACUCAUGGGAGGACCCUGAAACUUUCAGGCCAUCCAGGUUUUUGAAAGAGGGAGUGCCUGAUUUUAAAGGAAACAAUUUCGAGUUCAUUCCAUUCGGAUCGGGCCGGAGAUCCUGCCCCGGCAUGCAACUCGGACUCUACUCUCUUGAUUUGGCUGUGGCCCAUCUUCUUCACUGUUUUACAUGGCAGUUGCCUGAUGGGAUGAAACCAAGUGAAAUUGACACGAGCGAUGUGUUUGGACUCACCGCUCCUCGGGCAACCCGACUGGUAGCUGUUCCAAACGCGCGUUUGUUGUGCCCGCUCUAAAGGAGUUGGAAGGAAAUAUGGAUCCUAUACAUAUUUAGUGCACAGACGAUGAAACCGAAUCAGGUGAAUUUGCAUGGAUUUUUUGUUUAUAAAAUCAUAGAUUGGAGAAAAAAGAAAAGGAGAAUAAUAACUGAAGAGGUAAGCAUGGAGAAUAUGCAUGGUUCUUUCUCUGUUCAUAAGACUCUUCUUCAUUUCAUGAUGAUUUUAUGUGAAGAUCUCUCUCUCUCUCUCUCUCUCUCUCUCUAAAUUUUAUGAUACUCAAAUAAAGUCUGUAAGCUAAAUUUUAUUCUUCA